GUGAACCAUGUCAAGACUGCAAUAAGAAAGUUGAGGUCUUGUAACUGGCUCUACAGAGAUGUCAGUGAGAAAUGCAUUGAUGAGAGCACUAAGCACAUCAUUGAGGUCUCUUACAAUGCAACCCCAGAAAUGUUGAAAAAAGUUUCCCCAGAUGAGGUAGAUGGGUUUCAGGCCUACACCAUUAGAAACCUGGACAGCAAGCUCUCCAUUGGUUCAGACUUAGAGCAGUACAGACUUAUGAGCAUCACAGAGUUUGUACUACACUAUGUUUUGAAGAGCAUUGAUAUUGUGCAAGCUAAGUUUCACUUGGUCAGGAGACCCACAAGAUGAAUGUUUUUUCCACUGAGGCCAAAGUAUUCUUCUGUUUUGCCUCAAUUAUUAGCAGCA